UCUGGAGCAGUAUUUAAAAUCUGGGAGGUCCUGCAGCCAGAGGAAGAGGCAGGAGUGCACCGGCAUCUGAGACGGGUUCUUCUCUGCCAGCUGCAGGCCCAGGAAAAAAUCACUACCAUGAGGAUUGCAGUGAUUUGCUUUUGCCUCUUAGGCAUCGUCUCUGCCCUCCCAGUUAAGCAGGGUGAUUCUGGAAGUUCUGAGAAAGAGCAGAGUCUCCCAAGUGUGUCCGAUGAAAGCAAUGACGUGGACGAUGUAGACGAUGGAGACAACACGGAAAGCCGGGACUCUACUGACUCGGAUGAUGACGACCACAGCGAUGAUUCUGAUGAGUCCCACCAUUCUGAUGAAUCUGAUGAAAUGGCCACUGAUUCUCCCACCGACCUUCCAGCAACCGUAGAUUACACUCCAGUUGUCUUCACAAGAGACACAUAUGAUGGCCGAGGUGACAGUGUGGCAUAUGGGCUGAAAUCAAAAUCUAUAAAGUUUUACAGUGCUGAAGACCAGUAUCCUGAUGCCACAAAGGAGGACCUCGCUUCACAAAUGGAAAGCAGAGAGAUGCGUAAUGGACCCAAAGCCACUCUGGUUGCCCUGAACCUGCAGUCGACUUCUGAUGUGGAUAGCCAAGGGGAAGACAGCUUUGAAAAACGAGAUGACAGUCUGGAGAACAAUGGCUUUGAGCAUUCUCAAGAAUAUAAGCUGAAAGCAAAUGAUGAGAGCAGUCAGAAAACUCCAGAAAGCAGCCACCUUUCCCACAGUCAAGAAUUCCAUAACCAGGAAGAAAAGCUAGACCUAGACCCUAAGAGUGUGGAAGAAGAUACACACCUAAAAUUUCGCGUUUCUCAUGAAUUAGAUAGUACAUCUUCUGAGGUCAACUAAAAGAAUAAAAAUACAACUCUUUACUGUGCUUUUAGUUAAAAAUGAAAAAUGCAUUAUAGUAGGGUGGGAGAGAAUCUGAAGUGCUUAUUUCUCAGAUGAGUAGUAAAUGUUUAUGUAUGUGGAUCUAGAAGUAGAUGAUGUUUUGGUCAUGAGUUCAGUUGUGCAGCUUUGUAAACCAAAAGUAAUAUCUAGUAAACCAAAACCUCCAGGGUUUGGUCUGUAAUUCCCAGGUAACAAAUGCAAACUAUCACUGCAUUUUGUUUGCUAUUCUUCUAUGAAUAGAAAUUUAUGUAGAAACAAACAAAAGAGACAAGAUUUUAUGUCACUUAAAAUUUUAUGUCACUUUUUUAAAUUAGUGUAUGAUUUGUUGUGAUUAUACUUUGUUUCUGCAAAUAAAUCUAACAUCUUAAAUGAAAGAGA